UCCGUAAAUCGACGUCAUCGAGUCGCACACUGGUGACGUUCGCUUGGCGGAGAGGCAAGAUGGCUACAUCGGCUGGGCUGCGUGGCCCAUCUGCUAUGAGACUAACAGAGGGUUUGGUGUCGGUUCUGAAAGAACAGCGUCCCGAAUAUUUACCUGCUCUGGUGGCAAACUACAGGGAACAUGGCGUGUUCCCGUCCCAGGGCGCGAGCGCCGUUGGGGGUCUCGUGGCUUUCAGCAAUGCCAAACUGGGCUCGAGCAAGACCAGGUUUGAGGGGCUCUGUCUGCUCUCCAUGCUGGUUAAGGACAGCUCCAGUGAUCUGUUUCAGCAACACUGCCUUUCCUGGCUGCGCUCCCUGCAGCAGGUCAUACAGUCUCAGGCUCCAGUUCAGACCAUCCAGCUAGCGGUUAACAUUCUGAAAGACUUGCUGCAGUACUCAUCCCAGCUAGCAGAGCUGGCCAGGGAGGUCGGCCUGAACUCCAUCCUGGGCAUCCUUACAUCACUGCUGGGACUUAAGACAGAGUGUGAGCUGGCAGCUAUGGAGGGGAUGACGGCCUGUAUGACCUACUACCCCAGAGCCUGUGGAUCCCUCAGGGACAAACUGGGAGCCUCUUUUCUCUCCAAAAUGGACAGUACAAACAAGAAAACACAAGAGAUGGCCUGUCAGUGUUAUGGUCGCUUGCCCUGCCUGGGUGGCCUUUUGGACAGAGGGGUGGGUACUGGCAGAGCUGAGGGCUGGACCAAUCAGAUUCACUGCCUAUUGGCCUCAGCCAAUGGCCUGCUGGCUCAGAUCUACCAAGGUUCAGAAACAGAUGGAACGGUGCAGUAUGAAGGUCCAGGGGUGGAGCUGGCCUUUCCUCAUCUCGAUCAGUCAGAUCCCCUGCUGCUACUGCAGCUCCAGCACAGAUACACAGCUGUCUGCCUGGCACUCAAACACACACUCAGAGUGGAUCCAGCCUCAGCUGUUCGUCUGCCUGUCAGACCAAUACUCAACCUGGUGUGCCGAGCCCUCGCUGUCAGCUCCAAGAGCAUAAAUUUAACAGGAGAUGGAAGUGUGAGGUUGCUGGUCUUGCCCGUCGUUCACGCCAACACACUGGAGGUCUUAUCAGCUCUUAUCACAGCUGUACGUAGCAGCAUGGUUCAGUACGCUGCUGUGCUACAGAGGCUGUUUUCACAAACCUUGUCUGCCUGGACACCUCAGCCUGAAGCCAGUCUGGGACAGCAGAGAGCCUACAGCUCAGUCCGGGUAUCCGUGUACAGAACCUUAGAGCUGUGGGUCCAGGUAGCCGGAGCCUCUGCUAGCAUCCUUCAAGGAAGCCCUGGCCACUCAGAACUCCUGUUUAGCCACCUGCUCAGUGACAUCACACCAGGGGCGGAGUCUGUCAAACUCCGGGCGGGUCUGUCGGCAGAUGUGGUUCCUGGAGGGAAGCCUGGCCCACGCAGGACAAAACCAUUGGUCAUAGCUGAUGCAGUCGGGCCGUUACUCCAGAGGAAAGGAGACCUUUUGGCUAAUCAGGAUACUUGCCUUUCAGCCCUCAGGGCACUGAGACAAAUCAUGCUGACCAGUGGUACGCUGCUGAAGGAUGAUAUACACAAGCGUCUCCAUGACGUGGUGCUGCCGCUAUGUGUGCGUCUACAGCAGCAACAGUCCAGCAGCAGCGCUUCAUGUGAAUCUACAGGGGGCGUCAGUGGGCAGUACAGCAGUGCCCUCACCCGACAAGAGCUCUACAGGUUAUUGCUGGCUCUGGUCCUGGUCCCAUCACCCUGUUGGCCUCCACCACUGACCUGUGCUGUGUCCAUCCUCAGUAACGGACGCACUGACCGCAACCUCAAGGUCUCUACAUUCUGUAUGGAGGCUCUGACCAUCUGUAACUCCCUCCUCCACCCCCGCACUCCCUCCAUCACCCUUCCGUUACCACCCCUCACCCUAAAACCUACCCCCACUGCUCCAGUCCUCCCCUCCUCACAAGGACCUACCCCUGGACUCACUUUACCAACCCUCCUAGGAGGCCCCGCCCCUGGUCCCCCCUUUCCCUCCCGCCACUCCCUUGGCCUAGGCCCCGCUUCACUGCUGGGUUCUCUGGAGAACCACCUCUCCCUGGUUCCUGGACUGCCGGGCCAGGUCCCCACCCCAGGAGACAUGAUGCUGUCCCACCAGCAGGACCCUGCUGGGCUGGGCCCUCCAGAUGGGCAGAGGCCUGUGUUUGUCCGAUAUGACAGAGAGGAAAUGGAGGAUGUAGAGAUCUCUCUUGCCAGUGACUCAGACGACAGUGUGGUCAUCGUUCCUCCGGGGAUGCUCAACAUGGACAACCAGCAAGAUGAGACGGCAGCACCAGCCAACUGUCAGAACGUGAACUCUGCUGCACCAGGGAGCACUACAGUCACACUACCAGGAGGAGAGUCUGUCACCGUGGUACCCACCACAGCAACAACAACCACAAUGGACGGGGUCUCGCUCCCCAACGACCUUGCUACCUCCUCUCCCCUACUCACCACCUCCACCACCCCUGUCAACUCCUUUCCUCCUUCCGGCACCUCGGUGGUCUCCCUGGUACCACCUUUGAACUCCAGCACACUCACAGCUCCGCCUGCCAUUCUGGGAGACUCGUUGCCUGGCAGACCCCAGCUCCAGCAGAUGCUGAUGCAGCCCUCCACACCGGGCCAGCCUGGCCCCAUGGGUCUACCACUCCAGAUGCACCAGCUGCAGAAUCAGCUGAGCCAGCAGGGACGGCACCUCCACCAGCACCAAACACCGCCCGCCAACAACGAAGACUCCGGUGUCAUUAACAUCAACAGCACUGACGACGAGGAGGAAGAAGAUGAGGACAUGGAGGAUGAUGAGGAGCUGGAGGAAGAGGAGGAGGAAGGGAUGGAUGAGGAGGAUGAGGAGGAGGAAGUGAGUGAUGAAGAGUUUUAUGACGGGGAGGACUAUGAGGAUUAUGAUGAAGAGGAGGGGGAAGAGUUAGAGGAAGAGGAGGAGGAGGAGGAGGGUGGGGACAUACCUCCCCUGGAGGGAGCAGAGGACAGGGCUGGAGAGGUGGGAAUAGAGGAGGGGGAGGUGCUCCGAGCAGGUGUGGAGAAAGGAGGGAUGGCUGCAUUCAGUGUAGAGGGGGAAGCAGAAGGAGGGAUAGAAGAAAUCCAGACCAACAGAGCGCUGUUCGGAGAGGACAGGAUGAAGGUACAAGAGGUGGAAAGCAUCGGAGUCCUGGAGGAGGCGCGGGAGGGGGAGGAGGAUGAAAGUGAAAGGAUGGACGACCCCACCAUGCCACAGAUCCUGUGUGUCACCGGAGGAGCACUGGAGGAGAGGGAGGAGGCCGAGGAGGAGGGAGGGGGAGAAGGUGGGCUGCAGGAGGAUGCGAGCUUGUGGGAACAAGGAGCCAAUGAGAUUGAGCCAACAGCCGCCUCAGAAGAAUGCACAACCAAUCCGAAUCAACAGCAGGAAUCAGGAACUGAACCUGCACAGGAAGCCACUGUGAGCGAUAACCAGCCAUCCGGUCAUCAGGAGGACCCGCUAACAGACUCAGCAGCAGCAGAUUGUGAAACCUCAACAGUCCCUGAUACAAAAGAGCAAGAGGAGACAGACGCUGAUAAAAGUGAAAACAUAAAACCAGAGCAGCAGGAGACAGAAGGACAAGAAGGGGGAGAGAGUGAUGGAGAGGAAGGUAAAGGUGUGAAGAGGAAGAGAGAGGAGACGCACAGGGAGGAGGAGGUGGGGCAAAGCACUGAGAAGAAAAAGCUGGAUGAAGAAGCCAUGGCCUCCAUGUUGGCUGAUUUUGUCGCCUGUCCACCUGAUGAUGAAGACGGUGCCUCUAGUUCAAACCGCUCAUAAACAUUUGCUAACCUGAACUGAUGUGAUUAAAGUAACCAUGGAUACAGCAGAUACUGCUAGGAUAAUGUAUCAUUAGUGACAUUUUCAAGUUUCCUCUACAUCAACAGCAACCCCUUAUCAUUCUGUACAUCUUCCAGUCAUUCUUCAGUGUGCAGAUCAUGGAGGAAAACAACUGGAGGCUACAUUCUACUGGUAGAAUGUAGCCUCCAGUUUUCUUUAACAUUAUUGCCAUCUUCAGGCUACACAAUGUGGGGGUGUGGGAAUAAUUGGGGGGAAGUCAGACUUAUUACUUUGUCACAUCACCCAGCUUGUAAUUGGCAAGAAGUAGUUUUACAUGAGCUAAAAGACGGUGUACAUUUUCUACAAGUACAGCUGCCCAGGAAGGAUGUGAUGCUCUAUGAAAUGUGUUACCCAGAACGUUAGCCUUUGUUCUUGUAUACAGUACAUCGUAUCCUACAGUUAGUUUCUUGGAUUUAUAUGCAUCUUUUAUGGUCCUUAUGUUGUGUCUUCACUGUUAUAUGGUUUGUUAUAAAAAAGUAAAAAAAUCCAACAUGACUUACCUA